AUGAAUGCCCCCAGCGGGACUCGAACCCGCGACCGCUGGCACAGCAAGCAAGUUGUGAGGUUGAACGGACAUGAAUUCAAGAUGCACACAGUAGCUUUAAUUCUCUCUGUGCUGGCCCUGGUAUGGGCAGCACCCCAAGAAAUGAUCUCCGGAGAUCUGGAUUCUGUAAUUGCUGAGAUCUUCGGAAAGCCAAAGGAAACGACAGCAUCCGUCCCUUUGACUCCAAGCAAACCUUCGACAAUUGUGCCACCUAUUUCUUCUAAGAGUGAUGUUCCCAUGAGAAAAUGUAUGACAGACGAUGGUGAAAGUGGUGAAUGUGUGCAUUAUUAUUUAUGUAACUCUAACAACUCGAUUAUAACUGAUGGAGUCGGAGUAAUUGAUAUAAGAGUACAAGACGACAAAUGUCCGUCUUACAUGGACGUGUGCUGUGUUCUCCGAGAUACUAGAAGUCCUACAGAUCCCAUCACACCUUCUCCAGACAAAUUGCCUCAGAAUGAAGGCUGUGGUUGGAGGAACCCCGAUGGUGUAGGAUUCCGCAUAACUGGCGAUAAGGACGGUGAAUCGAAAUUCGGAGAAUUCCCAUGGAUGGUCGCCAUACUUAAGAUUGAACCAGUGAAUGAAGACGAUCCCAAUGGUCAAAGUCUUAAUGUAUAUGUGGGGGGAGGAUCCCUCAUUCACUUCGGUGUGGUCCUGACAGCAGCUCAUUACGUAGCCGUCUCCAAGGCCCUGAGAGUCAGAGCAGGAGAAUGGGAUACUCAAACAACGAAGGAGAUAUAUCCAUAUCAAGACAGGGACGUGUCUUCUGUGGCAGUUCAUAAAGACUUUAAUAAAGGCAAUCUUUUCUAUGACAUUGCUUUACUCUUCCUUGAAAAACCCAUGGAGAUGGCGCCCAACGUAGGAGUAGUGUGCCUCCCACCCCCAGGGGUAAGAGUACCUGGUGGUACCCAAUGUCUUGCUUCUGGUUGGGGAAAAGACAAAUUUGGAAAAGAAGGUCGUUAUCAGGUCAUUUUGAAAAAGGUUCAAGUACCAGUAGUUGAACGUCGCCAAUGUCAAAACCUGUUACGCAAAACUCGGUUAGGUAAUUUCUUCGAGCUGCACACAUCCUUUAUGUGUGCUGGUGGUGAGAAUGGAGUGGACACAUGCAAAGGUGACGGGGGUUCACCACUUGUGUGCCCAAUUGAGUUCGAAAGGGGCCGCUUCAUGCAAAGCGGCAUAGUAGCUUGGGGUAUUGGAUGUGGAGAAAAUGGUGUUCCAGGAGUCUAUGUAGACGUCUCCAAUUUAAGAAACUGGAUAGAUGAUAAAAUUAAAGGAAAAGGUCUCGACACUAAAAUAAAAGAUGACGUUUACGAACAACCAGUAACUCUUAUGAAGCCACAGAAGAAUCCUCAUGCAAAAAAUGAAAAUGAUGCAACUCCAACUGAAGAUCCGUGGUCACCAUUCGACUUCUCUAAAUUCGACGCAUAUAUUUCUGGUGCUAUGGAUCCUGAAAACAAUCGUGUGAAACGACGAGCUAAGAACUCCCGCCGAUUCAAUUCUCUGAAUGGUCCGAAACUUCGAGAACGUCCAAACCACUAUUUAUACCCGGAACCUGUGAAAGACCGCAUUUUGGAGUUCACCACUACCACCAAGAAACCUGGGAUUUUACCAGAAACUAUGAAUCCUGGAGUUAUAUUCAGAGUAAGAAUGUCUGAUGCGAUUUUGAGGAUCAAACAAAGAAUGUAUGAAGAUCCAGAAAGGCAUAUUGAGGCAGAUAUAAUAUAUACCAAUCUGAUCAAAAAAGUGGUUAUGGAUGAGAUAACUAAGUUUCACAAUCUUCUUCUAAUGUACAAGACCGAUAAAAGCAUUAAGGAGCAUUUAGGAGAGUGUGGUGGAAGGAUAUACAAAUUUAUUAGUUACAUGACCAUUAAAGUUCAUAUUUACUGCUUAUUUGAUGCUCUCUGGAUUGAUGGAAACCCAUAUGUGAUUGGGGAUGAGUAUUCUGUCACACCUGUAGAAGUACCUCCAAUGCUCCAGUGUGAUGCUGCUGAGUGUAACUCGGUUAUGUUUGUGGAUUCAAUCACUGAACCUAAGGAUGUUGAGGAGAAA